ACAUGUUUCAUUGGCUAUCUCUUCACUUUCACACCCUCAUUUUUCUUCAUUUCCUACUUCUACUCAUCCUUCAAAAAACACAAAUGGCUUCUCUUCCUCAUGUUGUUGAAGAUUUGGGAGGUGUUAUACAGAUCUUUAGCGACGGUUCUAUUCGUCGUCACAAACUCAAUGACUUCAUUAUUAUGUCAGUCGUCAAAGCCGAUAAUUCUGUCACAUGGAAAGAUUAUUGCUAUAACAAACUACAUGACCUCUACCUUCGUAUCUACAAACCCAUACCCACAACCACCACCAAACUUCCGGUUAUUUACUACCUCCACGGUGGUGGGUUCUGCGUUGGGGCGUUCGAGCGGGCCAAGUACCACAACUUUUGUCUUAGAGUCUCGGAAGCCCUACAUGUCAUUGUUGUGGCUCCUAACUUACGUCUAGCACCAGAACAUAGGCUUCCGGCUGCGAUGGACGACGCUUUGGUGGCGCUGAAGUGGCUACAAGAGCUGGCUACACGUACAAACCCUAAUGGUGGUCAAACAUUUGAUGAUAUGUGGGUUGGUGAUCAUGAUGUGGUUGAUGGCUUUGACUUUGAUAGGUUUUGCAUAUUUGGAGACUCUUCAGGUGGGAACAUAGCACACCACUUGGCUGUUCGGCUGGGGCCCGGCUCGCUGGAGUUGACUCCGGUUAAGGUACGAGGGUAUGUGAUGUUGACGCCAUUCUUUGGCGGGAUGGAGAGGACGAAGUCGGAGGAAGGGUUGCCAGAAAAAGCCUUAAACGUUGACGUUCUUGACACGUUUUGGAGAAUGGCAUUGCCGGUUGGAAAGACGCUAGAUCACCCAUUUGCUAACCCAUUUGGGCCUGAAAGCCCAAGUCUUGAGCUAGUUAAGCUUGACCCAAUACUCUUAGUUGUUGGAGGGGAUGAAAUUAUGAAGGAUAGGGUCAAAUUAUAUGCCGAGGAGUUAAAAAAGCUACAAAAAACAAUACAUUACGUUGAAAUUGAAGGCAAACAACAUGGGUUCUUGACUAAUGAGCCGUAUUCGGAUGUUUCAGAUUCGGUUUUCAAUCUAAUCAAGGAUUUCGUGUUUAAGCACUUCGGUUAAAUGAUAGUGUAUGAUGUUGAAAUUGAAGACAAACAACAUGUGUUUUUGACUACUGAGCGUGAUUCAGAUGUUUCAGAUUCGGUUUUGAGCCUAAUCAGGAUUUCAUGUGCAAACAUUUUGGUUAAAACGUACGAUGAAGGUUAACAUUCUAUAUUGAUAUAGACGUUUUGUUUUGGUUAGUUUAUUAA